GCUGGGGUUUGUGGGAGUUGUAGUCCCGCCGAGUCGGGUUAACGCUGAGCGGUUUGAAAAGCGCGGCAGCUCGGCGGGGCCGCGGUUGCGGCCGCCGAGGGAAGGUUUUCGUCAGAGCCCUGAGGAGCGGAACUGCCGACGGCCGGGCGGAAACUAUAGCGCGACGGUUUCCGGCUGUAUGGCGGGGAGGGGAAGGUUUUUAACAAAAAUUCAUUGCAAAUUCUAAAUUCUAUACUGGAAUUGACUCUCAUUUUAUAUAUUCCCAAAUUAUGCAAUGCUCUUUUGAUGAGCAAAGUUUGCUUCCUAAAGUGCCUUGAAUGCAAUAUUUGCAAUUAAUCAGUCUUCACAACACUGAAAUAAUGCUGAUUUCACAUUUUUCAAAAGCUGUCAAUAUCUAUAGAGUUGUACAAUAUUACUGGAUAAACUGACUUGCUGAUAAGGACCAAUUGGAAAUUGUUUAAACUGUGUAAUCAUAGUAUUUUGAUUAGAUUGGUCAGGCUGAAGGAAUUGAUAAUCGCAGCUUCUUCGAUACCAGAAGCUACUUGGGUUUUCCAUGGAGAAAAUGGCAAGAGUGACCACAGCCCUGAGUGGCACAACCAUCACCGGGCGAACGAUGUUCUGCCACCUUGAUGCACCUGCCAAUGCUAUUAGUGUAUGUAGAGAUGCUGCCCAGGUCGUGGUGGCUGGUCGCAACAUUUUCAAAAUCUAUUCCCUCGAGGAAGAACAAUUUGUGGAGAAGGCAAAUCUUCGGGUUGGACGCAAGCUCUCUUUAAACUUCAGCUGUGCUGAUGUGGUGUGGCAUCAGAUGGAUGAUAACUUGCUGGCGACAGCAGCCACAAAUGGAGCUGUGGUGACAUGGAAUCUGGGCAAACCAUCUCGCAACAAACAGGACCAACUUUUCAAUGAGCACAAACGCACAGUCAACAAAGUGUGCUUCCAUCCCAAUGAGGUCCACAUGCUGUUGAGUGGCUCCCAGGAUGGCUACAUGAAGUGCUUUGAUCUCAGGAAGAGGGAAUCUGUGAGCACUUUCUCUGGUCAGUCAGAAAGUGUCCGGGAUGUCCAGUUCAGUGUAAGAGACUAUUUCACAUUUGCUGCUUCGUUUGAAAAUGGUAAUGUUCAGCUCUGGGACAUAAGACGACCAGAUAGAUAUGAACGCAUGUUUACAGCACAUAAUGGACCUGUCUUCUGCUGUGAUUGGCACCCAGAUGAUAAAGGAUGGUUAGCCACAGGAGGACGGGAUAAAAUGGUGAAAGUAUGGGACAUGACUACAAAUAGGGCCAAGGAGAUCUACUGUGUACAGACUAUUGCUUCAGUAGCUCGUGUGAAAUGGCGACCAGAAGUAAAGUACCAUCUAGCAACCUGUUCCAUGAUGGUGGAUCACAACAUUUACGUCUGGGACAUUCGCCGCCCAUACAUUCCAUUUGCAAUGUUUGAGGAGCACAAGGACGUUACCACAGGAAUUAUGUGGCGUCAUAUUCAUGAUCCUUAUUACUUACUUUCUGGAUCAAAAGAUAGUACACUGUACCAGCACAUGUUCAAAGAUGCCAGCAGGCCCGUUGAUCGUGCUAAUCCGGAAGGAUUGUGCUAUGGGUUAUUUGGAGAUUUGGCUUUUGCAGGAAAAGAUAGCAUGUUCACUAGUGACUCAAAUCGGAAGACGUAUGGAGGUGACCGACGUUACCCCAUUUUUUUCUUCAAAAAGCCUGAUUUAUCAGAGCAGUUUGCAAAUGUAUCCAGUGCUCUUAAUGUGUUUGAAACUGAACUGGGCAGCAAUUCCAUGGACUGGUUUGUCAACAUGGCACAGCAGUACCUUCUAACUGGCCGCUCACUGGCUGAGCUCUGUGAUCACAAUGCAAAAAUUGCUAAAGAAUUGUAUCGUUAUCAGGUGGCCCAGACAUGGACGAUGCUAAGGAUUGUGUAUUCCAAUCCAGGUGCCAUUUCGUCUGUAAACUUGAAUCAGAGUAUUGGCAAGAGUGGAGGGUUGCCUCUUAUAAACAGUUUUAAGGAGAUCUCUGCACCCCUUGGCAAUGAAACCAGAUUGGAGAGAGGAAAGGCUGAAAAUCGACAGGAGGUUAAUCACAUCGAUUCCUCAAACCCAUUGAUUACAGCAAAUGAAGAAAAUGAGGAAACAGAAGGUAGUGAUGUACCUGCAGAUUACCUGUUCGGAGACGUAGAAGGAGAUGAAGAUGACCUUUACAUGGUGGAUCAUGAAAAUGCUCCUGCAGAGGAACACGAAUAUAUUUUGCCUCAGGAAGCAUUUCAACUGCGUCAUGAAAUUAUAGAUAACCCUUCUGCUCCAGACCAUCUGCAGGAUAAAAUGGAAUCUCCACACGUCAGUGGAAAUGAAGCGGAGACCGUGUGCUUGAGCCCAAUUGAAUCCUUUUCCCUUAUGUCAAUAUCACAACCACUUUAUGAUGCCUAUCUACCUGCUGAUUACUUUAAUGCCCUUGUUAAAGACAUGCUGCAUUACUAUGCAGAGCAGGGAGAUGUGCAAAUGGCUGUAUCAGUCCUCAUUGUACUUGGUGACCGUAUUCGGAAAGAAAUUGAUGAGCAAACACAGGAACACUGGUAUACAUCAUACAUUGAUCUGCUGCAGCGCUUCAAACUGUGGAACAUCUCAAAUGAGGUGAUCAAGCUGAGCACAUGCAGCUCCAUCAAUUGUUUUAACCAGGCGUCAACCACUCUUCACAUCAACUGCAGCAACUGCAAGCGACCAAUGAGCAGCAGGGGCUGGAUCUGUGAUAGAUGCCACCAGUGUGCUAGCAUGUGUGCUGUUUGCCAUCAAGUUGUAAGAGGAUUGUUUGUUUGGUGCCAGGGAUGUAGCCAUGGUGGACACUUGCAGCACAUCAUGAACUGGUUAAGGACUAGUUCACAUUGCCCAGCUGGAUGUGGCCACCUGUGUGAAUAUACCUGAGAAGACAGAGCUGAAGAUGUCAAUGUGAUAUUCAGCAAGCGACUGGUGAUUUUCUAAUGUGUAGUCAUCUUGAAAUGGGCACCACUGCUGAAAUUGUUUUAAAUGUAUACCACAUUUAAAAAAAAAUAGCUAAAAUGAAAAUUAAUUAAUUCAUUAAUUCAUUCACUAAAGAAAAUUACAGCUAAAUUCAGAGUGGAAAAUCUGAUGGUUAGAAUAUUUUUUUCUCGUUUUCUUCCCCACAGUUCUAUAACUGUUUUGAGAUGAUGUGGUCAAGCACCAAUUAUAAGAAGGAGCUGCUGUGAAUAUACCUUAUGCAUAAGGCAGUAGUCACUUGCGUAAACCAGAUAAUUGUUGAUGGCAAAAUGCACAAUUGGCUCACUUUGUCGGUUGUUGACAAGUAAUGAAUUAUCUCCCACAGGCUCUGAGCAGCAAACUCCACUAUUAUGAUGCUAAUUAAAGCAACUGGUACAGAUUGGAAUGUGAGUGGGUGUUAUGCCAAUUUAACGUGGGACAACAGGGAGAGUAUUUCUAUAUUCCAGGACUAACUUCAUGUCCAAGUAGUUUGACAUUUGUGAGCUUUGAGUUUAUUUACAUGGAUGAUGAUCAGAACAUAAUUGAAACAAUUUCAGACCUAUAAUAAAUCCCACCAAUAACAUUAAGUAUUUUGCGUGACCUUAUUUGGAGGAUCAGCAUUGAAAGAAUACCAAUUUUAUUGCCAGUCAAAAAAUAGGCUGUUCACUGCCUUCUGUGUAGUAUAUAGCUUGUGCACAAAUUCUGCCAUGAAGUCUAAGUGGAAUAUCAGGGUUCACGUUUUGGACUUCUUGUUAAAGGGGUUAGGGAGCUGGGAAAUUUAAGACUUGUUUAUCUCUGGCAUUGAAUUAAACGAGGUCCACAGUGGAUCAUGUGGCAAUAUAAUAAGCAUCUAGACAUUUGUCUUGUAGCUUUCCAAGCAGAGUUUAAAAUAUUGUUUAUUUUAUUUACCAAUACAGUGUGUAAAUUUAAAUGUUCUAAUUUGAGUAUGCACUGAACCUUGGCCAGAAAGCUUGUGUAGCAUUACAAAGAUCAGGCAUAAAACAAAUGUUUGGUUAUAAAGCUCCUACCUGCUGUUAAUAAAUUUCAGGAAUAUACUAUUUUCUAUUGGUUGAAACAUCAGCAGAGAUUCACCAUUUUAUUUCAGCCAAAGAAAUGAUGUAAUCUUAAAAGUGGGGCAUUGUGAAUUCAACCAUAUUGUGCCUACCACCAAAUGAGACAGUUGCAAUACAUCUUCCAAUUACUGCCACAUUUUAGAAAAUGCAAUAAAAUCAUAAAAUUGAAUUUUCAGAGUAGCCAAAGACUGCAGUAGAAUGAAGUGGAACUUCUGAAAAGACCCACUUAAGCAGCAUAAUGACAUUCAGUAAAAGGUACUCUUAUCCUCAAUUGCAUAGGCAUCUCCUUGAUUUCCACUGGCUUUUUGUUUGAAGUUAUGUUGAAUUUGCUCGAUAGAAUGUUACUGUGUCCACAGGUUACAUUCCAUGUAAGGAGGGUCUUCUACUGUGUCUGAAUUGUAAAGAAAUAUUUAUUUAAGUUUUGCAGUCCGACUUGUAUUUGUUAUCUGGUGGAGUGUGAGGCUGUAGCAGAGAUUGAAGGUUCACUAAAAGGUGAAGAUAUAGUCUUCCUUACACUUGUAUUAAAACAUAUUUACAUUGUUAUCUCUUUAAGACUAGAAUAUUUUUAAAACUAUUUAUAUAAAUUUUAUUUUACAUUGUGGAUUCUGAAUCCUUCUGGAAGUAACUGCUGUAAAAAUGCAUACAAUAUAGUAAAUAUUGACAGCUGGAACUUUUUCUUCAGUGUUUGUCACCCACCACAAAUCUCCUCUGGACAAUUUCAUAUUAAAGCCUACCUCU